AAUAUUGGAUUUUCCAAAUCAAGAACUCCAUCUCUUUAGCAGUGUUUCCGUUUUCAGCGUACGGGUCUUGGACAUAUUUUUUAAAGAUGAUGCAAAAGGGUCAUCCUGCUAUCAAGAUGACGGCGGUCCGGUUUCCAGGACAAGGCUCUGGUCUCCGCUGCGUCAGUUCGUGUCUGCGCCCAGAAGCAGGUCGUGGCGGGGCUCCUGGCAGGUGGUGCUCCACACCCUGAGAUGAGGUGGCAUGCUCUCCACAUGCCCUCUUCUUCAGUCAGGUUUAUGAUCAGCCACAGUCACACGCAUCUUGAAAGAUGGAAUUAUUUUUUAAAAGCUGAAGAUAACGUACAUUUGGGGGCACAAAUGAGCCUUUGGAUCAGGUUUUUACCCACCUGAGAACAUGACGAAGCAGCCAGAGUAGUUAUGGUCAGUCAUGGAGAAUAACCAGGAAACUCAUCCCAAAAGGGAUGGUGAAUUUGUUUCUGAUAAAUUAAAUUUUAAAAUAGAAGACGAAGAUGUUGUUCAAAUCCCUAAUCACAGUUUGGAAGGAGUGGAGUUUAAGGGCGAGCAGGACAGGCACCGGGCGGAGGGUGGUGGGGAGCGGGCGGAGGCCAGGGAGGCGGGCCGGAGCUGCGAGCCCCCCGGGAAGCGCCUCCCCGGCGGCCAGGAGGAGGAGUACGGGUCUCUGUUCUCCCAGUACAGCAGCACGCUGUACGACGUGGCCAUGGAGGCCGUGACACAGAGCCUCCUGUCGGGCCGCGGCGUGAGCUCCAGAAAGAAGUCUCCGGCCUGGAAGCAUUUCUUCAUCUCCCCCCGGGACAGCACUAAAGCCAUCUGCACGUACUGCAUGAAGGAGUUCAGCCGAGGGAAGAACGAGAAGGAUUUGAGCACCAGCUGCCUCAUGAGGCACGUGAGGAGGGCGCAUCCCACAGUGCUCAUCCAGGAGAACGGCAGUGUGCCGGCCCUGCCCUCCCUCUCGCCCCCUCCACUGAGGCUGCCACCACAGCCCGCCGACUCCGGGGACUUGGGUGCCGUGCUCUCACCCCUCAAGCUUGCCCCUAAGCUGGCGUCCAAGGUCCCGUCCCCCGAUGACAUGACGGAGGAGUCGGUGUCUGUGGUGUCCUCUGAAGAAGUCCCCUCCGACGCGUCGGCCUCUGACAAGUACGGCAGGGAGGAGGCCCUGGGGGGGCCGCCGCCCCUCCCCACCCUGCCCUGUGAGGAGAGUGCGGAGAACGGGGCGGAGAAGAACCCCCCGCUCCCGAAGGGCACGUCCGGGUCCAGGAGGCGGUCCGCCGUGUGGAAGCACUUCUACCUGUCGCCCCUGGAUAACUCCAAGGCCGUGUGCAUCCACUGCAUGAACGAGUUCAGCCGAGGCAAGAACGGGAAGGACCUGGGCACCAGCUGCCUCAUCAGGCACAUGUGGCGGGCGCACCGCUCCAUCGUGCUGCAGGAGAACGGCGGGGGCACAGGCAUCCCGCCCCCUUACGCCGCGCCCCCCACCCUGCUGCCCGCCCUGCCGCCUCCCGACGGGGACCCGAGCUCCGUGUCGUCCUCUCCCGGGAAGCUGGUCCAGGAGUCCCCCUCGGCGUCCUCCUCCCCUGAGCGGCUGGCUGAGGACCUGCAGGUGCGUUUGAACGCCGGCGACGCCCUGCCCGAAGACGCGUCGGCGCUGUCCUCUGACGACGUGGGCGAGGCCUCGCUGGCCGCCUCCCCCGAGAAGCCGCAGGCUGGCGGCUUGAGCACCAGUCUGCUGGAGUGCGGUGCUGUGUUCCAGCAGAAUAAGAAGGUCAUGAAGAGGCUGAAGUCGGAGGUGUGGCAACAUUUCUCGUUGGCGCCCAUGGACAACCUCAAGGCGGUGUGCAGACACUGCGCCUGCGUCAUCAGCCGGGGCAGGCGGGGCGACGUGGGCACCAGCUGUCUGAUGCGGCAUCUGUGCAGGCGCCACCCGGAGGUCGUGGGCGGCCAGAAGGGCUCUCCGGGUGCCAGCCUGGCAAGCUCUCCGUACGCCACCUUGGCUUCUGCGGAAAGUUCCUCCUCCAAAUUGACUGACUUGCCAAGCAUGGUCACGAAAAACAAUCAGGUUCUAUUCCCCGUUAACAGCAAGAAGACCUCCAAGCUGUGGAACCACUUCUCCACCUGCUCCGCAGACCCCACGAAGGUCGUGUGCCUGCACUGCGGCCGCACGAUCAGCAGGGGCAAGAAGCCCACCAACCUGGGCACCAGCUGCCUGCUGCGCCAUUUACAGCGGUUCCACAGCGGCGUGCUCAAGACCGACGUGCCCAGGGCGGCGCGGGCCCCCUCGCCCAGCCUCCGGGGGCCCCUGAGCGCACAGCUGUCAGGAGCUUCCUCCUUCGACGACACCAACGAGAAGUUUUACGACUCUCAUCCAGUUGCCAAAAAAAUCACGAGUCUCAUUGCAGAAAUGAUUGCACUUGACCUCCAGCCAUAUUCUUUUGUAGACAAUGUUGGCUUUAACAGGCUGCUCGAAUACUUGAAACCUCAGUACUCUCUGCCCUCGCCUUCCUACUUCUCGAGGACAGCCAUCCCAGGUAUGUACAAUAAUGUGAAACAGAUAGUCCUGUCGCACCUGAAGGAGGCGGAGAGCGGCGUGAUCCACUUCACGUCCGGGAUAUGGAUGAGCAACCAGACCCGCGAGUACCUGACGCUCACCGCCCACUGGGUCACCUUCGCGCCGUCGGCCCGGCCGUGCCGUGAGGACCACCACUGCUCAGCCCUGCUGGACGUGUCUCAGGUCGACUGCGACUACAGCGGCAACAGCAUCAGGAAGCAGCUGGAGUGCUGGUGGGAGGCCUGGGUGACGUCCACCGGCCUCCAGAUCGGGAUCACCGUCACCGACAACCCGAGCAUCGGGAAGACGCUGAGCGAGGGGGAGCGCGCCAGCGUGCAGUGCUUCAGCCACACGGUCAACCUCGUUGUCAGCGAGGCCAUCAAGAGCCAGCGGAUGGUCCAGAACCUCCUCAGCAUCGCACGGAAGAUCUGUGAGCGGGUGCACCGGUCGCCCAGGGCGAAGGAAAAGCUAGCGGAGCUGCAGAAGGAGUACCAGCUGCCGCAGCACCACCUCAUCCAGGACGUCCCGUCCAAGUGGAACACGUCGUUCCACAUGCUCGAGCGGCUCAUUGAACAGAAACGGGCCAUUAACGAGAUGUCCAUCGAGUGCAACUUCAGAGAGCUCAUCAGCUGCGACCAGUGGGAAGUCAUGCAGUCCGUGUGCCACGCGCUGAAGCCCUUCGAUGCCGCCAGCCGGGAGAUGAGCACCCACGUGUCCACGCUCAGCCAGGUCAUCCCCAUGAUCCACAUCCUCAACCGGAAAAUCGAGAUGCUCUUUGAGGAGACGAUGGGCAUCGACACCAUGCUGAAGUCCUUGAAGGAAGCCAUGGUGAGCCGGCUGGCCGCCACCCUGCACGACCCGAGGUACAUCUUCGCCACGUUGCUGGACCCUCGCUACAAGGCCUCCCUGUUCUCGGAGGAGGAGGCGGAGCAGUACAAGCAGGAUCUAAUCAGGGAACUGGAAGUGCUGAAUUCUACCUCAGAGGACGCGCCUGUCUCCAACGGCUGUGACGCGGGCUCCCCGUCGCGAGGCGCGGUCGGGGAGGAGAACCUGUGGUCCCUCAUGGCCAAGAUGACGAAGAAGGGCCCCAGGGAGAAGACAAAGGUGCCCGAGGACAUGGUGCUGGCGUACCUGGAGGAGGAGGUGCUCGAGCACACCUGUGACCCCCUCACCUACUGGAACCUGAAGAAGUCGGCCUGGCCGGGCCUGUCCGCGCUGGCCGUCAGGUUCCUGGGCUGCCCCCCAAGUAUCGUCCCUUCCGAAAGGCUGUUCAACACACCGACGGAGAACGGUAGCUUGGGCCAGUCCAGGCUCAUGAUGGAACAUUUUGAAAAGCUCAUCUUUUUGAAAGUGAAUCUUCCCUUGAUAUACUUUCAGUAUUGAAACUCGCAACGGAGCCACCGGACAAAAACUGUUGUUGCUCAUCAGGCACCAGCUGUCUGUCCCGGGGCGGUGGUCCGCCCCAGGCGGGGCCGUGUGGGAUGAGGCGGGCACGAGCCUCCCCGUCCAGCGUCACUGUAAUGUCUACGUGUGCCUUACUCCCAGUCCUGCAGGCCGGGCGUCGCCGCGGGCUUCCCACGGGCCCGCGAGGAAAGGCCUGUCUUGCCGAUGAUGAAAUACGAUGAUUAGGAUUUCAUUCAUAACUGUAAAGUUUUUUUAAAGUGGGGGGUUAGUAAUUUGUUUUACUAGAACGUCAGAGGAGAUGUAAACAAUUUUAUUCUGUAGGCUUUUUAUUCAAUUAUAUAAAAACCACAAAUCAGGUACUGUAUUUUAGUUAAAAAUUGCUUUAAUUCAACAGAACAGCUUUUGUGGCUGUUUAAUGAAAUCUGUAAAUAGGAGGUGGAGUUCAAGCCAUCCUGGCUGAGCAGUUUUUAACUGCAGGCUCUAAAGUAUGUCAAGUACAGAGGAUAUUCUGGAACAUAACUGUUUACUGCAACAGAGGUGUGGCAUUUGAAGAGGAAACUAAACGUAGACGUGUCCUGGAAUGUCGGUUCUGUAGUGAUUUGGUAAAGGGAGCGUUCCCGGUCUGUGCUUCUGCAUUCAGGUUUUAUUUGGUCGACCUCCAUCAUGAGCCCUGGACACCUGCUGUCGAGCCCGCGCUAGGGGCCUGUCCACAGCACUCCUGCCGUGGAUGCCCCGAGCCUCGGACCUGCUGUCUCGACACCAGGAAGCUAUCUUCUGAGAUUUGUGCACUGACCCCAUGACCCCAAUUUGAUCAAAUUAUGUAUAAAAUCGUUUUUAGAAGAGAUGGCUCGUUAACAAGGAGGAGAUCGUUCUAUUGCAGUUGUAAGAAUAGCCUUAGGUGUCUAGAUUUUUUUUUAUAUAUAAAAUAGGGAAGAUUCAGCCAUCACUGGGGUGUUUUAGAAUCCCAAGGACAGCAGAAUGAAGCGUCAAUUGUCAUUCUUUUAACGAUGAUCUGUCUUCAGAAUUUUUGCUUCAACAUCUAGAAAAGGGUUCAUUUUCUUAUUUCAAACCAAUUAAAUAUUCUGGAUGAAACAAGUCACUCAUUUGCCUGUGACCUUUUAGAAAAGUUUUGUUAAAAAAAAAAAGUACCCAUUAUUAAUCUGGAUUUGCAUUGACUAUGUUUUAGUGUAUUUAUAAAUGGUGAACUCAGUUUCUGAAAUUAAACUUUUUAUUUGCAAUUUUCUA